UAACAAUGAGAUCCUGGGUCCUGUUGUGCAAUUUCUGGGCGUCCCGUACGCUGCUCCGCCCACUGGCGAGCGCCGCUUUCAGCCACCUGAGCCACCGGUGUCGUGGCCGGAGAUCCGCAACGCCACACACUUUGCCCCAGUAUGCCCUCAGAGCAUUGUGGAGGGCCGCCUGCCGGAUGUGAUGCUGCCGGUGUGGUUCACCAACAGCAUUGACGUUGUGUCCACAUACGUCCAAGACCAGAGUGAAGACUGCCUCUAUAUUAACAUCUACGUCCCCACUGAGGAUGUGAAAUGUCCAUAUUACAAUAAAAUCUGCAAAAUGUUUCUUAGCCAAUGUUGUAAAAGCAUCAAACAACAUGCCACUAAACACACUGAUGAUUUAGGUGAUAGUGACCGCACGGACGACGAAGACAUUAGGGAGAGUGGAAGCCCCAAGCCAGUGAUGGUUUUUAUCCAUGGGGGCUCCUACAUGGAAGGAACUGGGAAUAUGUUUGACGGCAGCAUCCUGGCCAGCUAUGGAAAUGUGAUUGUCAUAACUGUCAACUACCGGCUGGGCGUCCUAGGGUUCCUGAGUACAGGUGACCAGGCAGCCAAAGGGAAUUACGGUUUGCUGGACCAGAUCCAGGCUCUGCGUUGGACCAGUGAGAACAUUGCAGCCUUUGGUGGUGACCCAUUACGUAUCACUGUGUUUGGCUCAGGCGCUGGAGCUUCCUGUGUCAACCUGCUCACGCUGUCUCACUACUCCGAGGGACUGUUUCAGAGGGCCAUCGCCCAGAGUGGCACAGCUCUGUCCAGCUGGGCUGUCAGUUUUCAGCCAGCCAAGUACGCCCGGAUGCUGGCCCGUAAGGUGGGCUGUAACUUGGAGGACACUGUAGAGCUUGUGGGGUGUCUUCAGAGAAAACAUUACAAGGAGCUGGUAGAUCAAGACAUCCAGCCAGCCCGCUACCACAUCGCCUUUGGACCUGUUAUUGAUGGAGAUGUUAUACCAGAUGACCCUCAAAUACUCAUGGAGCAAGGUGAGUUCCUCAACUACGAUAUAAUGCUGGGAGUUAACCAGGGCGAGGGCCUUAAAUUCGUGGAGCUUAUCGUGGACAACGAAAAUGGCGUUCAGGCUAACGACUUUGACUACGCCGUGUCUAGCUUUGUGGAUGACCUGUAUGGCUACCCAGAGGGUAAAGACAUCCUCCGAGAGACCAUCAAGUUCAUGUACACAGACUGGGCGGACAGGCACAACCCGGAGACCCGCCGGAAAACACUGCUGGCUCUUUUCACCGAUCACCAGUGGGUGGCACCGGCUGUCGCCACAGCUGACCUGCACUCCAGCUUUGGGUCACCGACAUACUUCUAUGCCUUCUACCACCACUGUCAGACUGACCAGGUACCACCAUGGGCAGAUGCAGCACAUGGAGAUGAGAUCCCUUAUGUGUUCGGCCUACCGAUGAUUGGACCAACAGAGCUGUUUCCCUGCAACUUCUCCAAGAAUGACGUGAUGCUCAGUGCCGUGGUCAUGACCUACUGGACAAACUUUGCCAAAACAGGGGAUCCAAACCAGCCUGUCCCCCAGGACACCAAGUUCAUCCACACCAAGCCCAAUCGCUUUGAAGAAGUGGCUUGGACACGCUACAACCAGAAAGAUCAGCUUUACCUACACAUUGGCCUGAAGCCCCGGGUAAAAGAGCACUACCGUGCCAACAAGGUCAACUUGUGGUUGGAGCUGGUUCCUCAUCUACACAGCCUCAACGAGGUCACACAGCUCAUCCCCACCACCACCAAGAUCCCUCAACCGGAGGCUACCAAUCGCACCCCAAAGACUAAGGUUCUGGCGACCAAGCGCCCUAACCCGAGUCCGUUCCCUACCGAGACCCAGGACAGCCACAACCAGCCACACCUGGUGGACCAGCGUGACUACUCCACUGAGCUGUCGGUGACCAUCGCCGUAGGAGCUUCCCUGCUCUUCCUCAACAUUCUAGCCUUCGCCGCCCUUUACUACAAGAAGGACAAACGCCGGCAUGACGUCCACAGGCGCUGCAGCCCCCAGCGGAGCACCACCAACGACCUGGCUCACACUCAGGAGGAGGAGAUCAUGUCCCUGCAGAUGAAGCAGCACUCAGACCUGGACUGCAGGGGAGUGGGCGACUCCCUGCACCCGCACGAUGUGGUGCUGAGGACUGCCUGCCCGCCCGACUACACUCUGGCAAUGAGGCGCUCACCGGACGACAUCCCGCUUAUGACGCCAAACACCAUAACCAUGAUCCCCAGCACCAUGGGGGGGCUCACCUCACUCCACUCUUUCAACACCUUCCCCAGCAGCGGGCAGAAUAACACCCUGCCCCAUCCGCACCCACACUCACACUCCACCACCCGGGUAUAGCCCUUUGGAUGCACCCACGCAGGCAGGACUCUGAUGGCUGAGGCAAAAAGCUAACACCACUGCUGCAGCAGAGACUUAAGGCCGACAUGCUGACAACCACAGAGCUGUCAAGAGCUGAAACGCCAGCCUGGAGUUGCCAGACACCCAUGGAAUUACACUGGGAUUGUACAACACCCUGUUAAUACCUGAGGGAAUAUAGUCAAGGGAUUUCUGGGGGUUUGGACCAGAGGAAAAAAAAAAUUAUGUUUUUGUAGAAAAUUCAAAUA